AUGGACCAGAGCAAGGCCGACCACUCGGCUUUCCUUUCCCAGCCACAGCAGCACGGGUCCAUGAACGACGUUCUUCGGCCGUUGUCAUCACCGACGUCUCACGACCCUCUUCCAGGGGGCGGGGGCGGCGGCGGCGGGGUGCUGGCCCCGCUACGCGCUCCGGGCAUGCCUCCUACCGGCGGCGCCGGCAACAGCUCCUCCCUUCCGGGUAAGCUCUCGUCGCCGCCUGCGGCGCAAGCGGCCGACGCGGCGGAGCAACAGGGGGCGGCAGCGGCGGUGGCGACGGCGGCGGCCACCCCCCCGACGGCAACGGCGGCGGACAGCCGGGGCGGGAGAGCGGAUAUCCCCGAGGAUGGCGGUGACGGCAUCGGCGGUGUGUCCGGGUUACGGCGCGAUGGGGAUACCGCUGCUUCUACUACAGCUGCUGUUGCUGCUGCGCCGCAACCUAGCAUAGCAGCGGUGGAGCAACAACAACCCUUCUCGAGGGACGAGGGCGGUCCUGCCAGUGCGGCGCGUUGGGGGCAGCAGACGAACGCAGCGGCGGCGGGCAGAGGGCAAGACUACACGGCAAGCUAUGGCGUGUAUUACCCCGCGCGUUCCGUGGACAGCGGUCUCCCGCGCCAGGUGGCUGCAAAGGACGUCGGCCCGGGCAUCGCAACACAUCUGGGCGCCAAUUCCUCGACGGUGGACCCCUUGACGGAGCGCGAGACCCGACUCAAGCAGGAGUUGGAGAAGGACGGACAAGCGGUAGCGGGCGCGGGAGACGAGGAGGGACGGAAGGCGGCGGCUGCGGCGCUGGCGGCGAGACAGCGAGAGCUGUUUACGAUUCAGGUUUUGCGGCUUCAGCGGUCAUGCCGCAAGCAGGCGGUGGACAUUUCCCGGGAAAUUUCUCGGAAGCCUCUCGCGGCAGGGGCCCUGCUAGACUGGCACUCGUUCUACCGCACCAGGGCACAGUCCCAACGAGAGGUCAAGGUUGCCGAGAGGGAGAAGAGGCGGCAGGCCAUCUUCAAAGAGGAGGCCAAGCGCCGCCGCUACCAGUCCUACCUCAAGGCCAUCCUGGGCCACAGGCUUGAGUUCUCCAACUUCCACAGAGGAAGGCGGCUGACGGUCUCCAAGAUGGCUCGCGCGUGCGUGUCCCACACGGAAGACCAGGCCGCCCGCGAGAAGAGAGAGGAGGGCAGGGCGGAGCGGAAGCGGAUACAGGAAGGGGCAGCGGCUGCGCCUGAUGGUGGCGGCGGCAAGUCGGCAGAGUCAGAGGAGGCGGGAGCCGAAAAGGCCGCAGAAGGCGAAGAAGGAGAAGGGAAAGGAGAUGGGGAUGCCUCGGCGGCGGCAGGGGCCAAUGCCGCCGGCGGCGGCAGCGGCGGGAACGACUACUUCCGGAAGGCGCACAGCAAGAGCGAGGCGGUGCGGCAGCCGUCGUCCCUGAAGGGGGGCACGCUCAAGGAGUACCAGCUGCAGGGCCUCCAAUGGAUGGUGUCUUUGUACAACAACAACCUCAACGGCAUCCUGGCUGAUGAGAUGGGCCUGGGCAAGACGAUCCAGACCAUCGCGCUCCUUUCCUACCUCAUGGAGGACAAGGCCACCCUGCGAAAGACAGAGUGGCAGUACAUCAUCGUGGACGAGGGCCACCGGAUGAAGAACGCUCAGAGCAAGUUCGCGCAGACGCUGGGCACCAUGUACCACUCUAGGAACCGCCUUCUGCUUACUGGAACCCCCUUGCAGGGGAGCGAGCAGUAA